AUGAGAACAUCCACACUCCUCGUAGCAACCCUCACCUUGGUUCACAAUGAUAGUGUACUUGGACAUGCCUAUUUGUCUUGGCCAGAGGCUAGAAAUGUACCGAACAACUAUGAGCCACAAUCAUUGGCCGCAGGCGGACCAGGUAUAGUACUAAUGGGUGAUUCGUAUCGUCAUGGGCUCUGCGGGAACAAGUGGCACGAGAGUCCUCAGAAUUGGAAUGUGCCUGUUGCACCCAAAGCAACAUACACACAGGGUAGCGUAAUAGAUGUGUCUGUAGUAGUAACUGCUCACCAUCUGGGCUACUUCGACUUGCAACUCUGUGAUUCCACCGAUAUCGAUGAAGCGUGUUUCUCUCAGCACAAACUCGAACGACCAAACUGCGAUGCAAGUGUACAUGACUGCACAAAGUGGUGGAAACCUUUGCUCGAGUCAGAGAAAUCGCUGUGGCCGGUCACCGCUAAUGGUGGCUAUAUUGCGCAAACUGUUCCAUCCGGUGCAGUCUUGCUAAAGACACAGUUUCAGCUACCGACUGAUGUUCAUUGCACCAAUUGCGUUCUACGUUGGCACUACUACACCACGAAUUCUUGCCCUCCCGAGAAUCACAGUCAGGACCCCUUGAAGAUAUCCGAAGAAUUUUGGAAUUGCGCGGACAUUCGAAUUGAUGCAGCGCAAGGACCAGAUACGACCAAGAAUACGCUUCCUACUGAGGCGCUCAUGCAUGAGCUCCCCUUACGACAGCCGCAGAAUUUGAUGGGCAGUGGUUUCAACGAAUUCUGUCCGCCUGAGGCAAUUGGCGAGUAUGAUGAAUACGCAUCAGUGCAACAGUGCUAUAACCCAACCGGUCUAGAGUGCGAAUAUGGCACUGCUGCACCUUCGCCUAGACCUACGACAUCUCCCACUCUACCACCAAUUACCACCAGCGCCGGUGCUACCCAGACAGACGGUACAACCACACCGUCUAUGAGUGCCGAUUGUGGGACUUGUGUCGGAUGCUUGCACCCAGGGGACAAUGGUUGGCGAGCGUGCUAUACUGAUUGGUCUCCCAUCACGUGCGCUAUGAACGCGCAAUAUGGAUAUGACUCGUGCUACCCGGAUGAAGAAGUUCCGGAGGUCACAGCAAGCUAUACCACAAGUACUGAAGUGCCUGCAACCACCCUGAGUGUUUCAAGCAGUCCAACUAGUGUAACGACCAUGACAGUAUCAACAUCUAGUGCAUCUGCUGUUUCUUCAUCGGAGAUGACUGUUUCAACACCUGCAGUAUCGACGACUGUGGAGAUAGAGGCAACCCCCACGUAUACUUCUACAACGCAGUCGAUAUCGAUUGCCAGCUCGGAAGUAGCUACCACGGAUUCUGCUUCCUCUUCUGUACCAUCUGAGACACCCAAUUGGAUCGCUGGCCCUAAUACUAAAUUCUUGAGCUGUGCCGAGAGUCAAUGCAGCGGGUGCCUAAGAAUCGGAUGGCAAUGUGAUGGAAUGGCCCCUACAAAAAGGGGCUGUGACGCCUGGGUCGAUGCUGGGUAUCUGUGGUGUGAGGAUGACUCCACCAACAAUCAAUAG